AUGUCUCUGGAUGGUGUGUGGGCUCCACAGACAGCAGACAUAGGUGACGGGCCUACCAAGAAAGCUAGUGACCAGGCCUCCAUGCAGACACAGGUCCUCCAGACUGCCUCCCUAAAAGAUGGCCCAGCAAAAAGGGCAGUAUGGGUCCGUCGGGACAAUGCUGAGACAGAAGACCCUGUUAAGUCAACUAUGUCCAAGGACAGGCCAAAGCUAGAGGUGACCAAAGCAGUGGUUGUGGACCUGGGCACGGGUUUCUGUAAAUGUGGCUUUGCUGGCCUGCCAAAGCCCACCCAUAAGAUCUCAACAACAGUGGGCAAGCCCUACAUGGAGACGGCCAAGACUGGGGAUAAUCGCAAAGAGACCUUUGUGGGGCAUGAGCUCCUUAACCCAGAUAUACAUCUCAAGCUGGUCAACCCCCUGCGGCAUGGCAUCAUUGUGGACUGGGACACAGUACAGGACAUCUGGGAAUACCUCUUCCGACAGGAGAUGAAGAUCGCCCCAGAGGAACAUGCGGUCCUGGUUUCAGAUCCACCCCUGAGUCCUCACACCAACAGAGAGAAGUAUGCUGAGAUGCUGUUUGAGACCUUCAACACGCCUGCAAUGCACAUUGCUUACCAGUCCCGCCUGUCCAUGUACUCCUACGGACGCACCUCCGGCCUGGUGGUGGAGGUUGGACAUGGUGUGUCCUAUGUGGUCCCCAUCUAUGAGGGUUAUCCUUUGCCCAGCAUCACAGGGAGGCUAGACUAUGCAGGAUCUGACCUCACGACCUACCUGAUGAACCUGAUGAACAACUCUGGAAAACACUUCUCUGAGGACCAUCUCGGUAUUGUGGAGGACAUCAAGACGAAAUGCUGCUUUGUGGCCCUGGACCCCAUCGAAGAGAAGAAAAUCCCUCCCGCUGAACAUGAGAUCCAUUAUACUCUGCCUGAUGGGAAAGAGAUCCGCCUGGGUCAGGAGCGGUUCCUCUGCUCAGAGAUGUUCUUCAAGCCAUCUCUAAUCAAGUCCAUGCAGCUGGGCCUCCACACCCAGACAGUGUCCUGCCUUAACAAGUGUGACAUUGCACUCAAACGAGAUCUCAUGGGGAACAUCCUGCUCUGUGGGGGCAGCACUAUGCUCAGGGGUUUUCCGAACCGUCUGCAGAAGGAACUGAGCAGCAUGUGUCCCAAUGACACUCCACAGGUAAAUGUGCUGCCUGAGAGAGACACUGCAGUCUGGACUGGUGGUUCUAUCCUGGCCUCACUCCAGGGCUUUCAACCACUGUGGGUCCAUCGCCUGGAGUACGAAGAACAUGGGCCUUUCUUCCUCUACAGAAGGUGCUUCUGA